CUACGCUUCCCUUCCAACCUUUCCACCACCUCCGCUACUCCGUCCACACUUCUCUCCCCCCGCCCAAACGUCAAAAAAAGCUACGACCGGUUCGCGUAGCUUUACCAUUGAGUUAAUUGGGAUUUUUCCAUCGUUUUUCGAAAAAGGAAAAAGAUGCUGGCCGCUCGAUCGUUCGCCGCCCCGGCGCGGCAGUGCCUCUACCGUGCGAAUGCUGGAGCUUCCAGGUGGGCGGCACCCGCGCUCGCGCAGUCUCAAUCGCGAAACUACGCCGCUCCCGCUGCCCACGAGAGGGUCGCCAAGUUCAAGGGAACCAAGGGCAACGACGGCAAAUACACAGUUACCCUCAUUGAGGGAGACGGCAUCGGACCGGAAAUCGCGCAGUCCGUCAAGGACAUCUACUCCGCCGCCAAUGUGCCCAUCAAGUGGGAGUCGGUCGACGUCACCCCCCAAUUGAAGAACGGAAAGACUGUCAUUCCCGACGAGGCCAUCGCCAGUGUCACCAGGAACUACGUUGCGCUCAAGGGACCCCUCGCCACCCCCGUCGGCAAGGGCCACGUCUCUCUCAACCUCACCCUCCGCCGAACCUUCAACCUCUUCGCCAACGUCCGACCCUGCCAGUCCAUCCAGGGCUACAAGACCCCCUACGAUGGCGUCGACACCGUGCUCAUCCGUGAGAACACCGAAGGCGAGUACUCCGGCAUCGAGCACGUCGUCGUCGAUGGCGUCGUCCAGAGCAUCAAGCUCAUCACCCGCGAGGCCUCCGAGCGCGUCCUCCGCUUCGCCUUCCAGCACGCCCAGUCCAUCGGCCGCAAGAAGGUCCGCGCCGUGCACAAGGCCACCAUCAUGAAGAUGUCCGACGGUCUCUUCCUCAGCACCGCCCGCGACGUCGCCAAGGACUUCCCGGACAUCGAGUUCGACGCCGAGCUCCUCGACAACACCUGCCUCAAGAUGGUCACCGACCCGACCCCCUACAACGACAAGGUGCUCGUCAUGCCCAACCUGUACGGCGACAUCCUGUCCGACAUGUGCGCGGGCCUCAUCGGCGGCCUCGGCCUCACCCCCUCCGGCAACAUCGGCGACGAGUGCUCGAUCUUCGAGGCCGUCCACGGCUCUGCCCCCGACAUCGCCGGAAAGCAGCUCGCUAACCCCACCGCCCUCCUCCUCUCCUCCAUCAUGAUGCUCCAGCACAUGGGUCUCAACGACCACGCCUCCAACAUCCAGAGCGCAAUCUUCAAGGUCCUCGCCGAGGGCAAGUCCAUCACCGGCGACCUCGGCGGCAAGGCCAAGACCUACGAGUACGCCGACGCCGUCAUCAAGGCCCUCAAAUAGAUAGAUUUCCCCACGUCUUUUCCUCACCCUUAGACUACGUACACUACCCUACCCCGCCUACACUCCCGAACGACGAUCAAACAGCACGAUUUUUAAAGUUAAAGGCCGAUCGAAGUAAAGAUGACUGACUGACUGACUGUAUAAAUCAACAAACCUUACUAUCUACUCUUGAGUGUUUUUGUGUUUUUAAUGGUGAUGGUGAAUUUGUAUAGGAAGUGAGGCUGUCAGGAUCUAAGUCUACGGUGUACAACACACGAUAUGACACGAAACAAAAAUACUAAACACAGUUCUGCC